GCAGCCGGACGUACGGGCGCGCAGCAUUCUGGGAAGUGUAGUCUGGCCCGGACUCGGACACCCCUUCGGAUGAAUGGGGCCCCGGCUGACGGCUAACUACAGCUCCUCACCGGCAGCGUUGGUGGCGGCCGCCGGGAAAAGGGAGACAGCGACGGCCCCGGAAGAGCAGCACUCCGGGACGGUGGUGAUGUUCAGUGCCGCGGCGAGGCGGCAGCCGAGUUUCCUGGGGUAGCAGUCUAGGCGGGCGCUUCCUCCGCGCGCUCGCUCCCCUUACCCUGCCCCGGCCAUGCGCCCGGCCUUCGCGGUGGGCCUGGUUUUCGCAGGCUGCUGCAGUAACGUGAUCUUCCUAGAGCUCCUGGCCCGGAAGCAUCCAGGAUGCGGGAACAUCGUGACAUUUGCACAAUUUUUAUUUAUCGCUGUGGAAGGCUUCCUCUUCGAAGCUGAUUUGGGAAGGAAGCAUCCAGCUAUCCCAAUAAGGUACUACGCCGUAAUGGUGACCAUGUUCUUCACCGUCAGCGUGGUGAACAACUACGCCCUGAAUCUCAACAUCGCCAUGCCGUUGCACAUGAUAUUUAGAUCUGGUUCUCUAAUUGCCAACAUGAUUCUAGGAAUUAUCAUUUUGAAGAAAAGAUACAGUGUAUUCAAAUAUACCUCCAUUGCCCUGGUGUCUGUGGGGAUAUUUAUUUGCACUUUCAUGUCAGCAAAGCAGGUGACUUCCCUGUCCAGUUCGAGUGAGAAUGAUGGAUUCCAGGCAUUUGCAUGGUGGUUUCUAGGUAUUGGGGCACUGACUUUCGCUCUUCUGAUGUCAGCAAGGAUGGGUAUUUUCCAAGAGACUCUGUACAAACAAUUUGGGAAACACUCCAAGGAGGCUUUGUUUUAUAAUCAUGCCCUUCCACUUCCUGGUUUCAUCUUCUUGGCUUCUGACAUUUAUGACCAUGUGGUUCUAUUCAAUAAUUCUGAAUUAUAUCAGGUUCCAGUUGUUGGUGUGAUAGUGCCCAUCAUGUGGUUCUACCUCCUCAUGAAUGUCAUCACCCAGUACGUGUGCAUCCAGGGCGUCUUCAUCCUGACCACAGAAUGCACCUCCCUCACCGUCACCCUCGUCGUGACUCUACGCAAGUUUGUGAGCCUCGUCUUUUCCAUCUUGUACUUCCAGAACCCUUUCACUUGGUGGCAUUGGCUGGGCACCUUGUUUGUCUUCAUUGGGACCCUAAUGUACACAGAGGUGUGGAACACCCUGGGAACCACCAAAGGCCAGCCUCAGAAGGAGGCCAAGAAGAGCUGAGGCCCUCCUGGAGUAGAGAGACCCGAGGCUAGUGAACCAGGGGCUGGCCACCAUUUCACCUUGGUUAAUGCUGAAUCACCCCCCAUGUGCCAGAGAAUCCUCAGAGGGACGGACUUCUCAGAUUUCUCAUGCCUAUACAGACCAACAUUUGUGGACCCUGAAUAGAAGCCCCCAACCCUGAAAUAGGAAAAAAGAACAGUUCUCCACU